AUGUUCAUCGAUAAACUGCGCAAAAAACGAUCAGGUGCCGGCCUUUCAUCGGCCGGCUUAAAUCCAACUUCGUGUAAUCCUCCACAAGCUCUUUUGGUGCUCAAGCAGCUGUCCCCUGUGUACACUAACGCUCAAAGUCUACUUAACAAACUACCCGAACUGCGACUACGUCAAAGGUCCAAAUCGUGUGACCUCGUCGCUAUAACGGAGACGUGGUUGCGCCCGGAUAUCACAGACACGGAGGUCGAGCUACCAGGCAUGUCCGUCGUUCGGCGCGAUCGAUCCAGUAAAGGGGGCGGGGUGGCUCUGUACUACCGCAGUGACCUCCAAUGUGAGCCCAUAGAAGACGUGUACAGUAACGUGCAGGAUACUCUUUGGUGUCGGCUGCGUUUAACAGGCAACGACGUCUGUCUGGUGGCGGUCGUUUAUCGACCUCCAUCCUCUACACCCGAGAUGGACUUCAAUCUCGCGUCUGCGCUGAGGCUUGUGAUCAGCAGGAGAUACAGCCAUAUUCUUAUCGCUGGUGACUUCAAUAUCCACGCUCUGGAUGCCCAAGCAACACCUACGGAACAGUUCAAAGCGGAUCUACAAGACCUUGUCUCCAGUUUUCCGCUUUAUGGCCAUAUCGACAAUCCCACCAGAUUCAGAGCAGCAGAAAGGCCGUCCAUCCUGGACCGGAUAUUUACCAACGAAGAACUCAUGGUCGAGAAAGUAAUCAUCGACGCUCCUUUGGGUUGCAGCGAUCAUGCAGUUUUACUCUUCGAUUAUAUAUGCUACGCAGAAUACCCUGCGGAUACUACACGGGAAAGCCGAGUUAUCAUACGGUACGAUGAGCUGGCUCGACUUGCAGAGACAGCCAACUGGAACUUUCUGACAGACGAAGUACCGACAAUCGCAUGGCCACAUUUCGUCAACCAAUUUAGCACUCUCGUCGAAGAGGCAUCCGAAACUAAGGUUGUCCACUCGAAGAAGACUGUUUCAUUUGUGCGAAGUAGGACACGGAAAUGUAUGGCAGUGAGGAACUCGGCCUGGCGUAUCUAUAAGGAACACCCGAGCACGGAGAGCUGGACGGCCUAUGCAAUUCAACGUAAUCAUUGCACUCAACUCGUUCGUGAGGAUAAACUGACAUACCAGCAGCAUCUGACGGAGCGCAUGGUUUCGAAUCAUAAGCUGCUCUACCAACAUGUAAACAACCUGCGCAAGGUGAAACGGGGAAUCCCUCCUCUUCAAACGCCAGAUGGCAUGACGCUGACUACGGAGGAUGCGGCGAACGCCUUGCGGCUGCAAUAUGCUUCGAACUUUCAAUGCAUUCCUUGGUCAUCUGUUCCUUUGUCAGCAGCUGUUUACAACCAAAACUUACGCACAUAA